AAUAACUAUACGGCCUGGAAAGAGGAAUUCACAGCAGGGAGUGGCUCCAUACUUCGGCCAUGGAGAAACCUGACAAAACCCACCUCUUGGAGAGACCGUGGGAAAGGCUUCCGUUUCCCAUCUUCCCUGGAGAUUCAUCGGCGUAGUCACACUGGGCAGAGGCCGUUCACCUGCCCAGUCUGUGGGGAGGCCUUCAGAUAUUUCUCCUCUCUGCUGAGGCACCAGCGGAUCCACACGGGGGAGAGGCCAUUCAGCUGCCCCGAGUGCAGGAAGGCCUUCAGCGAUUCCUCCGCCCUGCGGAGCCACCAGCGGGUCCACACAGGGGAGAGGCCCAUUCCCUGCCCCAAGUGUGGGAAGGCCUUCACCAGCUCCUCCCAACUCCGGAGGCACCAGCGAGUUCACGUACCAUCGCAGGGGGAUUGAAGGAGUGAAGGCUGAAAGUCCAGUGAAUAAUGACAAUCAGCCCAGCUCCCGGGACUCCCGGGUUUGAAUCCCGCUGCAGCAGAUGGCGUUAUACAGGGUAUGGGUUGAAGUUGCUGAGUGAGGCAAUGCUUCUGUCACGGGAUCCAUUACUUCUUCAUGAAAAGACUCGAUUCCUCUGUGGAUUUUUACCUGAUUAUAUUAUAUUGUAGCAACAAAGAUGCUAUUAACUCUUUAUUGUAUUUUAGCCUAGCAACAAUUAAGUAUAACUAUGACUACGUGGCAGCUGCUUUUUUAUCAGCUACUUAUUGUUUUCUCAGCUAAUUAGUGUUUAACGCGACCUUGAAACAAUGCUGACCGAGGCACAGUUUGAGAUUCCAGUUCUUUAAACAAAUGAUGUAAUUGCUUAACUUAGACUGUAAAGGAUAAAAAGCAGAGCUAAAACAGACAGAACUCACUCUUGUCUUGAAACACAGACAAUGAGUCACCUAACCAUCUCGGCUAACUGCAGAUCCUCUGAACCACCAGGCUUGCAGAAAGACACAUUUGUGCAAAAUAUAGACCGAUUGGAAGAAACAUACUGACAGCUAAGAGCUUGCUGAGAUACGCCUGCCUAAAAGAUUCUUGGUUGAGACACUGCAAUC